AGCUGACUGUGUACACGUGACUAUGGGAAAGUUCACUGACAGGGCUGGUUCAACCACACGUUAGCUGAUGAAAGACUGUUUAACAGUGUUCGCUUCUUGCUAUGGCUAAGCAAAUAAUACCCACCCCACAAGUGAAAUAUACACAGAUUUUUGUCAACAAUGAAUUUGUGAAUUCCGUGAGUGGUAAAACAUUCCCCACCAUAAACCCAACCACUGGUGAGAAAAUAUGUGAUGUCCAGGAAGCUGACAAGGCUGAUGUGAACCUUGCAGUGAAAGCUGCCAGAGAGGCUUUUAAGCUUGGGUCGCCAUGGCGAUGCAUGGAUGCAUCAGCUAGAGGUAGACUUCUUUAUAAAUUAGCAGAUUUGGUUGAAAGAGACAAAGAUUAUUUUGCGGCUCUUGAAACAUUAGACAAUGGUAUUCCGUACAAUGAUGGCAUGGGAACCAUUGAGGAAGUCAUUCAAGUACUUCGAUAUUAUGGUGGAUGGGCAGAUAAAAUCCAUGGCAAGACAAUACCUAUCGAUGGCAGUUUCUUUUGCUAUACCAGACAUGAGCCAAUUGGAGUGUGUGGACAAAUUAUUCCAUGGAACUUUCCGAUGGAGAUGGUGUCUUGGAAGUUAGGGCCUGCGUUGGCUGCAGGCAACACUGUUGUACUAAAGCCAGCAGAACAAACACCACUGACAGCUUUAUAUACGGCUGCACUUGUGAAAGAGGCAGGGUUUCCCCCCGGAGUUGUCAAUGUAGUACCGGGAUAUGGUCCAACAGCAGGUGCCGCUAUCUCUGAACAUAUGGAUGUGGAUAAAGUAGCAUUUACUGGAUCUGUUGAUGUUGGAAAAAUCAUAAAAACAGCUGCAGCAACAAGCAACUUGAAACGUGUUACAUUAGAGCUCGGAGGAAAGAGCCCCAAUAUUGUAUUUGCAGACACAACAGACUUGGAUGAAGCGGUGCUGGUAAGCCAUGAAGCACUUUUCUAUAAUAUGGGACAGUGCUGUUGUGCUGGUUCUCGUACGUUUGUCCAAGAAGAGAUCUAUGAUGAGUUUGUGAAGAAAAGCACAGAAAGGGCCCAGAAUCGGACGGUUGGUAACCCACUAGAUACUAACAUAGAGUCAGGUCCCCAGAUUAAUGAGGAGCAAUUUGACAAGGUAUUGGAUCUCAUUGAGAGUGGAAAGAAGGAAGGAGCUAAGUUACAAUGUGGAGGCAGUCGCCAUGGUGAUAAAGGACUCUUCAUUCAACCAACUGUGUUCUCUGAUGUUGAAGAUAAUAUGAGAAUUGCCAAGGAGGAGAUUUUUGGACCUGUUCAAGCAAUUUUCAAAUUCAAGACAAUUGAGGAAGUAUUAGAGAGAGCCAACAAUACUUCAUUUGGACUUGCUGCAUCUGUGUUUUCUAGAGAUAUAGAUAAAGCCUUGACUAUUGCCAAUUCAUUGCAGGCUGGCACUGUGUGGGUGAACACCUAUAAUGCUGGGGGAGCUAAUGCACCUUUUGGAGGCUACAAAAUGUCUGGAAAUGGACGAGAGCUGGGCGAGUAUGCUUUACAAGAAUAUACUGAAAUCAAAACUGUAACUGUCAAGCUGUCUCAGAAAAACUCAUAGGAUUGUCUAUAUGAAGUGUGACAAUGGUAGAGAAUGAUUUAUAUAAUGGAUAAUAUUUUUGUAAUUAAUUACAGAACCAGUUAGCCAGGACUUACUCAUCACCCAGAAAAGUUAAACUAUGUGUGAUUGCGAUUUUGAGAAAAUACAAACAAUAUAGUUUGCAAUUCAGGAUUCUGAAAACAAAAACAAACAUGUCAAAUGCAAGUCAUUUGUUUUUCUUUUCUUGUUACUGUAAUGUGGAUUACACUAAUUGUUGACAUUCACUUGCACAUAUUGUUAUUUUAAUACAGAAGGAGUUUGAUUAUCUCAAGUAGAUUUUUCAUCACAUUUUUACCAUUAAUCACCUCGCUAAAAUCCACUAACUGUGCGUUAUCACAGAUUAAUUCAUUGUUCAAUGUCAAUUAUUACAUUAUAAGUAAUAUUACGAAUACAGAAUACUAUGACAUUUAUGUCUUGCGUAUUUUGUGUGGAAUGACUAAUCAUAAGGCCACUGUUUCAAACUUGUGUUUGACCGAGUGAAAUCAGACAUGAAAACAGAACAAACAAAAGUCAUAGCAUGUAGUGAAGUCAACACAUCUUGUGGGAUUUAACAAAUGCGAAAAUACUUCUUAACUAUUUCCACGCUCAACAAUGUGCUUAUACAUUUUGAUUAGGGACAAUUAGAAUUUUAAGCUCACACGUUCUUUCCGCACAUUUCACGCAUUACGCGAGAUCUCGCAGUGAACGGAAAAUCACCUAACACGUGAUAAAACACCAUGAACUUUUCCUUCACAUCAAAGCAGAUGUACAUUAUCAAAAUUAGUGUGCGUUCCCAUUGCAGACACGGAUAUCAGAGGAAAGUGAGUGAUAUCAUAUAAUAUAAAGACAUUUGAUGUAUCACCUGUAUGUCGGAAAUGUCAAGUUGUGUUCAGCAAAAUAACAAAAGACUACCCUAUCCAACACCAGCAACCAUUGCACUGAGUUCUCUGUGCGUCAUGUGUGGGCUAAUGGCGACCAUGGUACUGGCAUAAUACAUAUCAGAGUACAAACACUUGAUUAUUUUUGUUUUUAUAUUUUAAUGAAAUCUAACUAUGCUUAUAAAAUGAUAUAAAUUUGUCAUGAGUCUUUCUUUCUAUUAUUUAGACUGUAUAAUGGAGUCAGAUAUUCACUCAUAAGGAUAAACAAUCAUGACUUGCUUUAGAAUGGGAUAUGUUUUACCGGUACCUUUGGCCCACAUCUCUAAUAUACUGAUUGUUAAUUAAACAGUUAUUUUAUUGAACCAUUAUGACAUACUGAUCAUCACAAAUCAUGGGCAAGGUGAUCAAUAAUGCUUAAGUUAGUUGGUAGGUGCUGCUGCCUUGUGCUAAAAUUACAUAUAUUGAAAUAAGGACCCACUUUUCCACUUUUGCGUGGUUCGAUGUCUGUCAUUAGUCGUGAAAUAAGAUCCCUGGCUUUAUGACGUACCUGUAACCCACGUCCAGUCCUUUCCUCGCCCAACCAUUUAUCUUGCUAUGUAACAACUAUCACUUAUGUUUGCUGUAGAAGCCUUUGUGUGAACUUCAGUUCGUACUGUCGCCAAGGUAUAGACAGGUCGAACAUUUAAAUGAAGGAUGGUGCGAAAACGGGGACUUAUGUUUUGACCUCCGUGUGUGUGCGUGCGUGUGUGCGUGCGUCCGGACCUGUAUCUUAGAAA